AACGCUAACUCUCUCUCUCUCUAUCUAUCUUAGUUGUUUUCCAAUAAAACCAGACUCUCUCUCUCUUCUCUCUCUCUCUCUCUCUCUCUCUCUAUAUAUAUAUAUCUAUCUACCUCCUUCAAAUUCACCAUAAACAACCAGACUGUUGACAGAUAGAUAGCGACUGAAUCAAGCACAGACAUGGCGGACACACUCGCUGCUGUGAGAUCUUUAAUGUCUUCUCACUCUCCACCUCUCCAUGCCUUAGUCGUUCCCACCUCAGAUGCUCAUCAGAGUGAGUAUGUAGCUGAUAGGGAUAAAAGGCGCGAAUUCAUUAGUAAAUUCACCGGAAGUGCGGGUUUGGCACUUAUAACAAUGAGGGAAGCACUAUUGUGGACCGAUGGCCGGUACUUCGUGCAAGCAACACAGGAACUAAGUGACCCAUGGAAGCUCAUGCGUGUAGGAGAAGACCCCAAUGUUGAUACCUGGAUGGCAGAUAAUCUGCCGAAAGAUGCGGCUAUUGGUGUAGAUACAUGGUGUAUAUCAGUGGACACCGCAAAGAAAUGGGAGCAUGCUUUUGCCAAGAAGCAGCAAAAGCUGGUUCAUACAUCCACCAACUUGGUAGAUGAAGUCUGGAAAAACCGACCGCCAGAAGGAACUAAUCCUGUAAUUUUACAUCCCAUAGAGUUCACUGGUCGUUCUGUCGCAGACAAGUUGAAGGAACUGAGAGAAAAGCUCGUUCUGGAGAAAGCUCGUGCUAUAAUUGUCACUGCACUGGAUGAGGUUGCUUGGUUGUAUAAUAUCCGCGGGAGUGAUGUUGACUACAAUCCGGUUGUUCAGGCGUUUGCUGUGGUAACAACAGUUUCUUCUUUCUUAUAUGUGGACAAGAGAAAGUUGUCUUCGGAGGUAAUCAAUUAUUUAAAAGAUAAUGGAAUUGAAGCACGUGACUACAGUGCAGUGAGUUCAGAUGUGGUCUUGCUUGCAUCCAAUCAGCUCACUUCUUCAGCUAAUGAAACUCAAUCUGGAAAUGGUAAAAAUGAAGCAGAGGAGAAUGGUCAUAACCUCAUCUGGAUUGCCCCUGGUUCAUGCUGCUUUGCUUUGUAUUCGAAACUGAAUCCUGAUCAGGUUCUCCUGCAGCCAUCACCUUUGGCCCUUCCCAAAGCUCUCAAGAACCCCGUGGAGUUGGAUGGGUUAAAAAAGUGUCACAUUCGUGAUGGUGCAGCUGUUGUGCAAUUUCUUGUCUGGCUGGAUAAGCAGAUGCAAGAAAUUUAUGGGGCUUCUGGUUAUUUUGUGGAGGCAGAGUGUACGAACAAGACAAAACAGUCGGAAACCAUGAAACUGACGGAGUUGUCUGUAAGUGAUAAGCUAGAGGGGUUCCGCGCAUCAAAAGAGCAUUUUAAAGGGUUGAGUUUUCCUACUAUUUCAUCAGUUGGUCCUAAUGCAGCAAUUAAUCAUUAUAAACCAGAGAAGGAAACAUGUUUAGAACUUGACCCAAAUAGCAUUUAUUUAUUCGAUUCGGGAGGACAGUAUUUAGAUGGAACCACUGAUAUAACACGGACAGUUCAUUUUGCAAAACCUUCAGCACAUGAGAAAGCAUGCUAUACUGCUGUUCUCAAGGGUCAUAUUGGUUUUGGCAAUGCUCGAUUUCCAAAUGGAGUUCAAGGGUAUGGUAUUGAUGUUCUUGCUCGAAUGCAUUUGUGGAAAUUUGGCCUUGAUUUUCGACAUGGUACUGGACAUGGAGUGGGGUCUUACUUGAACGUUCAUGAGGGACCCCAUGGAGUUGCUGCAAGACCGCAGCCCGUGCCCGUGCCACUACAAGCUACAAUGACAGUCACGAUUGAACCUGGCUAUUAUGAGGAUGGUAGCUUUGGCAUAAGAUUGGAGAAUCUACUUAUAAUCAAGGAGGCUGAUACAAAGUUCAACUACGGUGACAAAGGUUACUUGGAAUUUGAGCACAUAACAUGGGCACCGUUCCAGAGAAAGUUGAUGGACAUGAGCCUUCUACAGCCUGAAGAAAUAAAUUGGUUGAACACUUACCAUUCCAAGUGUAGAGAAAUCCUUGCCCCAUACUUGGAUGAAUCUGAAAUGGCAUGGCUGAAGAAAGCUACUGAACCCAUCAGUGCCUGAGUGGAUCAUUCAUUAUCUGUAUUCGGGACUCGAAAACCAAACGCUGAUGCUACAACUUUUUUUUUUUGUCAAGCAUAUUAAAUAUUAUUAUCCUCAAUAAAUUUUAGUAAUGGAAUAUAAGUUAAUCUAAGUAUCUUUGGUUUCUUCA